AUGGCGAGGCAGAACGGACCCGCGCGCAGGAUUGACCCCGCCCCUUUUUGCUGGCAAGAAGUUGCGGGCCGGCCAUUGGCUCGCGUCACCUGUCACUCGCCGCUGCGGCCAGCGGGCAGGGGCCUCGCGGUGAUUGGUUCCGCCCAGGCGCGAAAUGUAACGCGGGAAAAGCCGGAGCUGGGACCGCUGCGGCAGGUUGUUAUUUUCGGGGGGCUCGGCUCCGCGGGGUCCAGCUUUCCUGUCACCUCAAGACAGGUCGUCUGCUCCUUUCCGCCUCUGCAGCCUGCUGCGUUGGGGCUGGGGGAGUCCACAGAGCGGAGGGCGGGCUCGGUCCGGAAUUGGGGUUCGGCCCUGACCGCCCGGUGCCAGCCGAGCCACUCCGCGUCGCUGCGCUCCUUCCCUGGCGACCGCGCAGGGAGAUUCCGGGAAACGACCGUCUGCCAUGAGCCCGCGGGACUGAGAGCCGGAGACUCAAGAGCAGCGCGGGCGUGCGGAGCGACAGACCGGACCCGGGUUCAGGGAGUGCGACCCGCCGCCCCCGGAGCUGCGGACCGGAGACGGCCGGUGACCCGGGGCAUGGAGGCACCGAUGGCGGACAGCCCGCCCCAGCCCGUCAUCUUCUGCCACGACUCCCCGAAGCGGGUGCUCGUCUCAGUCAUCAGGACGACCCCGAUCAAGCCCACGUGCGGCGGCGGAGGGGAGCCCGAGCCGCCGCCGCCGCUCAUCCCCACCAGUCCCGGCUUCAGCGACUUCAUGGUGUACCCGUGGCGCUGGGGAGAGAAUGCGCACAACGUGACGCUUAGCCCCGGGGCUGCGGGGGGCUCCGCCUCGGCCGCUCUGCCCGCCUCCGAGCACUCGGGGCUUCGGGGUCAGGGCGCGCCCCCGCCGGCCGUUUCUGUCGCCGCCGCCGCUUCGGGAGGUGAGGACGAGGAGGAAGCGAGCAGCCCCGACAGCGGCCACCUCAAGGAUGGAAUCCGACGUGGUAGACCCAGAGCAGAUACUGUCCGUGAUUUAAUUAAUGAGGGAGAGCAUUCGUCUAGCAGAAUCCGGUGUAACAUCUGUAAUAGGGUUUUUCCAAGGGAGAAAUCACUCCAAGCUCACAAAAGGACUCAUACAGGUGAGAGACCCUAUCUGUGCGAUUAUCCAGACUGUGGAAAAGCCUUUGUUCAAAGUGGACAGCUCAAAACACACCAGCGUCUUCACACCGGAGAGAAACCUUUUGUUUGUUCAGAAAACGGCUGUCUAAGCAGAUUCACCCAUGCCAACCGCCACUGUCCAAAGCACCCUUAUGCUAGACUGAAGCGAGAGGAGCCCACAGAUGCACUGAGUAAGCACCAGGCUGCGGACAACCAGGCUGCUGCUGAAUGGCUGGCAAAGUAUUGGGAAACAAGAGAGCAGCGGACCCCUACCUUGAAAGGAAAGCUUGUUCAGAAGGCUGAUCAGGAACAGCAAGACCCUCUCGAGUACCUCCAAUCUGAUGAGGAGGAUGAUGAGAAGAGGUGUGCCCAGCGCCGGCUACAGGAGCAGCGGGAGCGCCUGCAUGGAGCCCUUGCUCUCAUAGAGCUUGCCAACCUGACAGGAGCCCCAUUCCGUCAGUAGCCUGAAUACUGACUCUUCCACUGUAGAAAAAUACUGCCCAGCUUACUUAAAAAGUAGAUCCUUGGGCAUAAGCUAAGCACCUUAUUUGCUUAUCAUAGGCUGCUAUUCUGUAGAAAAAUAUGAAGAAUGUCAUUGCUCCAGAAUAUGGGGUGAGAAAGAAUUGCACUUUUUUUUUAUAUAGUAAUGAAUUUGCUGUAAAGUUUUAGAUACUUUGUAAAUAUGGGACUGCUAGUACAGGGUAGUACUGUAUAUUGUGGGAAACUAGAUUUUGCAAGUUUAAUGCACUCAUUGGAAGCAGUUCUCACAGGAAGCACUUUCUGAAUAAGACACUUGUAUAAAAUUAGAGAGAGAGAAUGGUACCUUUAGCCAAAGAAGGUUGAAAUAGAUUAUUUAUAAGAUCGUUUUUAACAAUGUAUAUUAGUAUGUUUAACAAUACUGUAAACACUGAAAUAAGCAAGAAAGCAUAAGUUAUGUGUGUGAGAUAUAUAUUUUUAAAUCACAAGUAGUGUGAAUAAUUUGACUAGAGAAAUGGAAAGCUAUUUUGGAAGAUGUUCUAAGAUGAAUUUGGAAGAAAGCAGUUCUAUGAGGAACUUGGUAAGAUGCACAAUAGUUCAGAAGUUUUUAAUUGAAAUUCAGUCUUAUUCUAUCAUGAGGCUUUACAACUCAUUAUAAUGUUUAGGUUCAAGAAGCACUUGUUAUCCCAUACAUAUUAACUUGGGAUCUUUUGCACAUUUCAUAUUUCUCAUGUGCUGAAAUCGAGUGAUUAAUCUUGCAAAGUCUAGGUAACUUGGUAAUUGAUAGAUAUUUUUAAUGUUAUGGACCCUGUAAAGAAAUUUGGCACUUGGAUUUUAAUUAAUAAGAGGGAGAGCUACAGGGUUUUUUUUUUUUAAACUGAACUAUUUUAGAUCUUUUAUAGUUAGCGAACACUAAAUUGUAUGGCUUGUUUAUAAUUACUAGAAAAUGGAAGUCUCCUAUUUGUAUUUCUAGUGCAUACAGCCAUCCUGCUUUACUUUAGGUUAACAUGCUAAGCUAUUUUGUGUUCACUAAAUUUAACUAUCAGUUGAACACUGCAGCAAAUAGUAGCUUCAGGAAUAGUUUCAACUGCGAGUAUAUUAACUUGUGCAGUGGUUUUGAACUGUUUUUCCAAGUAGAUAAAGUUUUUAAACUCCAUUUUUUUGUACUGACGCCCGAGCAGACAAAUCAAGAGCUGAGUGGUUCACUUCCAUUAUGUAGGCAUAAACCAUCAUCAUUUAGCCUUUGUCUUAAGCAGAAAGUGCAUAGCAUGCAUAGCAUGAUAAUUUUAUCGAUUACUUAAUUGGAGUAAAUUUCAGAAUAGUACAGGAAAACAUGGGCUCUUUGGUGCCUUUUUUUUCCCUUUCUGUUUUGAAUUGUAGUAGUGCCCUACAGAUGCAGUUUAAACAAAAUGUAGGCUUCUUUAUCCAAAACUCCCACUGUGUUACAGUACUAAAAUAGUUUAAAAUAUGUAGCCUUUGGGGAUGGGACAUAAUGUAAAUGCCUUGAAAAGAACCGAAAGUGUGAAAGAUGAUAGCAACUAAUAAUGUGUAUGAUGAGGACAUACUUUAAAGAAUGUAAUUCCUCUGUAUAGUUAAAUGACAAAAAUCUUGAGGGAUUGUUUUUUCUUUUUUUGUAAUAAGAGAAUUUAUAUUUGUAAUGAUCUUAAGAAUUUUGUUUGUAAUCUGGUAUAUAGAAUUUUUACCUGGAGCACUUAUGAGUACUGUCAGAAAAGGUAUAUAGCAUUUGAAUUGACUUGUUUAAGUUUCAACAUUUUCUCUAGACAUUUUCUUCUUAAAUAUUCAAUGAACUAAAAAGGAAUAGGUAUUGGCUUUCCAAAAUUUAAAAUUUGAUGAACUUGUCUAAAAGAGGAAGGGCAGUAAGAAUAAAUGAUAGAAAUAGCUUUCAAUUAACAAAUAAUAAAGUGUAAUGUGUUGAAAAGUAAGAGUUUUCAUUUGUUUCCCUGGUCAGCUUUGGUCAACUCUAAUAUCAGUUUUAUUUGUAUAAUUGGAAAUAUAAGAAAUUAUUCAAAUUACUAUAGAAAUAUUUAAAUACUCUUGAUAUAAGCUAUAUACUUGGGCAAUGUACAUUGGCAUCUAAAAUUCGAGGUGUGUUAAGACUGCUUUUUGUUUUAAAAAUGUAGUUUACAUACAAAUUUUGGAAGUGUUUUAUGCUUCACAUGGCUCAGUUGUAGUUUGGCAGAACUAACAGCAUAAAAUAAAUAUGCUAUAAUUUUUAAAAUGCUUUGAAUAAAAAUAUUUUAAUUUAUAUUUUACAUGUUCAUUUUUGAACACUUUAUAAUAUGUCCUAUCAAGUGUACAAUAACCAUGAUAUAAAAAAAUUAAAAAGAUAGAAAUGCCA